CAUCAUCAUCAACACAUAUGUUUGCAUGCUGCCCUACAAUAUUUCUGUUGUUCAAAAUAUACCAUUAUUUAAGUAAGUGAAAGAUGGAAUUCACUCAACUGUCUCUAGCCGGAGGGCUGUAUGAAGAUGGAAAAAGCGGCAGCGACGGCAGCGGCGACGGUGGAAUGAAGAGGAAAUGGAACACAGAAGCAUUCCCAAACACAGUUGAUCUUCAGCUUAAACACCCUUUGCCUUCUGACUGGGAGCAGUGCCUUGAUCUUCAAUCGGGCAGAAUGUUCUAUGUGAACCGGAAGACAUCAAGAAAGACUUGGAUGAGGCCAGAGGAGCAAAAGCUUGACCUUGAACUCAACAUAUCGACGGGCCAUGUCAUCGGGCAUAAGGAAAAUUCAUCAUCGUCGUCGUCAUCAAGUAACAAUAUGGUAGCAUUGGCUUGUUCCAGCUGUCAUCUUCUUGUGAUAUUAUGCAAGACUUCACCCACUUGCCCUAAUUGUAAGUAUGUCCAUUCUCUUGCAUCAUCUUCACCUAAAGCCAAAGCCCCUUCUAGUUGGGGACUUUAAACUUUGAUGGGCACCCUAGGGGUGAUUUCGGAAUUUAUGUAAAUUGUAUCCACCUAUCCUUCUUAGGCUUUUGGUGUUUUGUGUUGGCUACUAAUUUAAAAUUCCGCCCAUGCCCUUGUGGAACAUGUACUAUGUCACAACUAUUGGUAAUAGAUGGUAUUAAUUUCCAAUGGUUUUAUUA